CCAACAUGAAAACACCAUUUUCACCGAACUGCACCACCUGUGUUUUGUAGAGAGAGAGAGAGAGAAAGCCCAAACUCACCCACCAUUUGAACAAAUUUUCUUCAGUCUCCCUCUCAUUUUCUCUUCUCCUCACAGACCCAGAUCAGUUCUCUCUCACUCAACUCGAAGCUCACACUUAUUCGGUUAACUCUCUCUCUAGACAUAUAUAUAUAUAUACACACAUAACCUAUAUAUAUAGAGAGAGAUUUUGAUGCAAUGAAAAGAUUGAAGAACUACUACCUGCAACUAAGACCACCCCAAACAAUGGAACGCAAAUGGAUCUUCCCACUAGCCAUUGGCUCCAUUGUCUCUCUCUUCCUCCUCUUCCUCUCAACCCUAACUUCGCCGGACGGCACACCUCUCCUCCCUCUCUACCGCUACGCCACCGGCUACACCGACUACUCCAUCUUCGUCGAAUCCAAGCUCAAGCCACUAUCCAUCUCCUACCUCCCUCCGCCGCCCCGCUUCGCCUACCUCAUCUCCGGCUCCGCCGGCGACGGCAGAAUGCUCAAGCGCACUCUCCUAGCCCUAUAUCACCCCAACAACCGCUACGUCGUCCAUCUCGAUGCCGAAUCUUCUGCACAAGAGAGGUUAGAUCUGCAAAACUUUGUCAACAAUCAUCCCACAUUGAGCAAAUUUGGGAAUGUGGUGAUGAUCACAAAGGCGAAUCUUGUUACCUACCGUGGGCCGACAAUGGUGGCCAAUACGCUGCACGCGGCGGCGAUCUUGUUGAAGGACGGUGGGGAUUGGGAUUGGUUUAUCAAUCUUAGCGCCUCGGAUUAUCCUCUUGUCACUCAAGAUGAUCUGCUUCACGCGUUCUCGUAUUUGCCGCGCGAUCUUAAUUUCAUUGACCAUACCAGUGAUAUUGGGUGGAAAGAGUUUCAGAGGGCGAAACCAAUUAUAAUCGAUCCUGGGUUGUAUAUGACCAAGAAGUCUGAUGUUUUCUGGAUUACACAGCGAAGAAGUGUGCCAACUGCCUUCAAACUCUUUACAGGAUCUGCUUGGAUGGUUCUUUCUCGGCAGUUCAUUGAUUUCUGCAUAUGGGGAUGGGACAACUUGCCACGAACGGUCCUCAUGUACUAUGCCAAUUUCAUCUCUUCACCAGAAGGCUAUUUUCAUACUGUCAUGUGUAAUUCUAGAGAGUUCAGUAAUACCACUGUGAACAGCGAUCUCCACUUCAUAUCUUGGGAUAAUCCUCCCAAGCAGCAUCCCCACUACCUCACCAUUGAUGACAUGUCAAAGAUGGUUGACAGUAAUGCCCCAUUUGCGAGGAAGUUCCACCAAGAUGAUCCAGUUCUCGACCAGAUUGAUUCUGAACUCUUGUUUAGAGGUCAAGACAUGGUUGUUCCCGGUGGGUGGUGCACAGGAAGCAUGGAAAACGGGACCGACCCAUGCGCUCUUGUGGGUGACAUCACAGUCCUCCGGCCUACAGCUGGUGCAAAAAGGCUGGAAAUUUUGAUCGGCUCUCUCUUAUCAUUUUAUAAUUUCCGGCCAAGGCAGUGCAAAUAGCAGAAAUAUGUUUCAGAAGGCAAUUUCUCUUGCCAAAGUCGGGAUUAGGUUAAUUCUUUUUGUUAGGAAAAGAGCAAUGAGGACUUGCAUGAUCUCCCAUUUGCGGCAAUGAGAUGGAUUUGGCAGAGAUAGAAAUGAAACACAGAACUGGGAGAUUUGCUGCUGCAAUAACAUGUGAUACGUGCUGCUGAUUUAAGUUGUGUGCCUGUAGCCCUUGUUACACUUACCUUUUACUGUGUAUCCGCCAGGACUCGCCAUUCCUCAUUUGGCGUCAAAGCUCGUCGUGGACAGGUGCUGAUGAAAGAACACGCUGGUUGGGUGAAAGUUAGGGAAAGAGGAAAACCGGAGGAAAUUUAUACCUAAUGUUUGGUGAUAGUUUCAUUUAAUGUGGUAUAAAUGAUUAUGUUUAUGUUUUCCAAUAUGCAUAUAACGCAGGUGUAUAUUAUUCAAA